AACACGUCCACUACAAGAGCUUUUCGAUGGAAGAUCACGCGGAGGAACGCAAACGCGUCCACAAAGAGAUUCUCGUCCGUCAGCGACGGUUCGCCAAAAUGCAAGAGAAUCGAUACGUGAACCCCACCUCUUCGUCAGAGUCCGAGGACGAGCUCUACGACGAGUUGAGCGACGUAUCCGACUCCGAGUUAGAGGCCGACAGCUGUUAUUUCCUGCAACCCGUGCCCAUCAGACAGCGCAGGGCUCUCCUCAGAGCGUCCGGCGUUCGUAAGAUCGAGACCAACGAGAAGGAGGAAUGCCGUGACAUCCGGGCGUCUCGCGAGUACUGCGGCUGCGAGUGUCGCGUAUACUGUGAUCCCGAGACGUGCGCCUGUAGUUUAGCCGGUAUUAAGUGUCAAGUGGACAGGAUCAGUUUCCCGUGCGGUUGUACUCGCGAUGGCUGUGCGAACAUAACCGGAAGAAUAGAGUUUAAUCCGUUGAGAGUGAGGACACACUUCAUCCACNUCAAGAUCAGUUUCCCGUGCGGUUGUACUCGCGAUGGCUGUGCGAACAUAACCGGAAGAAUAGAGUUUAAUCCGUUGAGAGUGAGGACACACUUCAUCCACACACUGAUGCGCAUCGAACUCGAAAAGAAACAGUCCCGAGACCAGGAGCUGAAUGCGCGUCCCCUGCAGUCCUCUGACAACUUCGUCAGUUCCAGCAGUUAUUCAAACAAUCAUCAAAUGCUUUCCAAUGCUAUGAAUUGUGCCAAUUCUCAGACCAUUAGCAAUGCAUUCAUGCAGUCAUCACUCGCUCACACAAACAUAGCGCCGACAGCCCUGAGUAUGAGCUCAGAGCCGCCGACCGCUAACUCUAACAGUAACUCAUUGGACGCGUACAGCACUUCCCCCUACAGUCCCGACGACAGCUCCUAUUCGGAGAACUCUGACUACACGAGCGACGAGUACGACGACUCGGACCCCAACACCGACACCAACUAUAAUCAGUUUACGACACAAACACUGCAACCCAUGGCCACCACCUCGUCGUCGACCGCCUCUUCAAGUGCUAUCUCAUCGUCGACCACAACGCCCGCAUUGCCUCCCUUUCCCACAAUCAGUACGAACACUGGUGUGAAUGCAGUGAAUAGUCAUAACAAUACGUUUCUGGCGUUCGCCCAAAGCGGACAGUUCGCCACUAAUCAGUUGUCCGCCGCACACACACUCUCUGCACAAUCCUUUACCCCUCAGUAUGUACUCCAUCCGCAACUGUAUAACUAUCCCGAACUCUAUCAAAGACAUUACAUAUUAUCCAACGCCACCGCUACCAGUGCUGCCAAUUGUGCGCCAAAUCUGAGUACUCAUACACUGAUUGCAAACAAUAGUUUGCAAACCAUUAGUAAUAAUUGUUGUGAAGUUAUUGCUGUGAAUAACUCUAACGAAGACGUACACCAAUACACAGACCUCAGCCUCUCUAUAGCCUCGUCGUCGGCCGCUGAGAGCCUCAACGGCCUGUUGUCUGCGGCGGCCGCCACUGCCAGCACCUCCAAAGACAACCGCUUACAUCCCGUUCCGCUCAAUAGCGACGGCGCACUCAGCGAUGGCGAGACUAACGAACUCCUAUUGGCUAAAGAGAACUGUGAGUCACAGGAGUCUUUCGUAUCGUCCGACUGUUCCGAAGGGGACAACCAUUUGGUGGUCGAAACCAUUGAGCACACGAAGGCCAACACCACGGAUGAUGUUCUGGCAGAUAAUUGCGAGAACUUUGGCGAAAUCAUUAAGAAGACUAUUGUCGAGACUGUGAGCGCUUGAUAUCCAAUGGCUCUCUUUAGGCCUUAAUAUAAAUCUGCAAAUUUAAUGUUAAACUAUGUUUCACACCAUUGGGUGCUCUUUCGGGUUCUUCGGCUUCUGGAGAUAAUUAUGUCUUUCGAUUGAUUCAUCCAAUUGUGAGACCACUUAUGAAUUAUGCGCUGACUAUUAGUCCCAAAACUUUCAAAUGCAUUAUUAUUAGUAUUAGGG